AUGAUAAAAAGUGCUUUUAGAUACAUGAGUGUUGCCGCAAAUCGAGCUACAGAGGGACCAGUGGCUACUAGCAUCAGUAAUAAGAUAAGGACUUCGUUCCCUGAUUUAAAGCAUUAUGCCAUCUACAACGAUUCAUACAAACACGCCGGACACCGUGGUAUGGCCGAGGCAGACAAUAGGACAGAGUCUCAUUUCAGAGUAGAAAUUGUGAGCGAUAAGUUCAAAGGUUUAACAUUGCCAAAAAGACAUCGUUUGGUGUACACGCUUCUUGGUGAAGAGUUCGAAAAUGGGUUGCAUGCUUUACAGCUAACAACCAGGACGGUCGAAGAACAGAUCAAGAAAACCAAGGCGUAA